AUGUCGGCCUCGUCCACGGGUCUGCCGCAAGGUGUCGGCGAUAAUGGCGGCAGCGCCAUCAGCGUAGACCCCGGCGAGUCUUCGUCCGCCUCGACGCCGCCGGUUAAGCGGGCUCGUGUGCUACUAUCCUGCCACGCCUGCCGGGGUUCCAAGCUCAAGUGCGACCGGCAGGUGCCAUGCGGUCAGUGCCUAAAGAAGGGCCGGCCUGAGGGAUGUGCUUACGCGCCGCGGCCCAACAAACAGAAGCCGGCCAAGGGCAUGGCGGCGCGGCUCAAGCGGCUGGAGGGCAUGGUACGCGGGAUGCUGGACGAGAACGGCGCCCCGCUCAGCAAUAGCAACAGCGGUGGUCGCGGUCUAGAGCGGGCACAUCAAAGCGAGGCGCCACUGGAGGCAGGCGGCCAGGUUGUAAGGGGGGAUCGGGCUACCAGUUACGUGGGCGGGACACACUUCAUGGCGAUUCUAGAGGAUAUUGACGAGCUGAAGAACUACUUCGAGUACCCCGAAGAGGAGGAGGCGGAUGCGAACGGUGACCCCUACGAGCCGGCUGGGUCGCCCGAGUUUCUUCUGCUUUCCAAGAACGUGCCUCGAAACAGGGAAGAGCUGUUGGCUCUUUUACCGGAGAGGAGCGUAAUAGAUAGACUGAUGAUGCGUUAUUUCAACUCCAACAGUCCCUCCCAGCAUAUCCUCCACAAGCCGACAUUUAGUAAGGAAUAUCAUCGAUUCUGGCAGGACUCUUCGUCUGCCCCGUUACAUUGGAUCGCCAUCCUGUUUAUGGUCACCAGCCUGGGAGUUUUCUUCUCAUCGUUUCAGGCCCCCCACGAACUAGAAGGAGAUUCUCCUAUGCCAGCCAUGGACCGGUACAGAGUCUGCCGAGGGGCUGCCGGAACAGCUCUUAUCUGGGGCAAAUAUUCACAACCUAAUCAGCACACUCUCCAGGCUUUGAUGCUAUAUGUGGAAGCAGACUUCCUGGUGAAUCGCGAAUCCCAGAUGAACUGCUAUCUACUCUCGUCGGUUCUCAUCAGACUGAUGUUGAAAAUGGGACUUCAUCGAGAUCCGAGCAAGUUGCCCAACAUAUCUGCAUACGACGGCGAGAUGCGGCGACGGGCCUGGAACCUAGCCAUUCAGAUCGACCUGUUGGUAGCAUUUCAUCUUGGUCUGCCGGCCAUGAUUCACGGCAUUGAGAGCGAUACUGCGCUCCCGCGGAAUCUACUGGACACGGAUUUUCACGAAGAUAGCAAGGAGUUGCCACUAUCCAGGCCGACUUCAGACUACACACCCUUGACCUAUCCGAUCCACAAAGCUGCCAUCUGCCGGGCCUUUGGUCUCGUCGCCCGUCAGGCCCAUUCGCUUACCAUACCGACAUACGCAGAAAUCAUGAAGAUAGAUGCGAUCAUCGAGGAGACAUACAGCAAUGUGCCAGCGUUUAUGAAGGUGAAGGCCAUGGAAGAGAGUAUCACAGACCCUCCAAUGCAGAUUAUACAACGGUUCGGUCUCGCUAGCAUUUACCAGAAGAGUCGAUGCGUGCUACACCGGAAGUACAUCACUGAUCCUGUUCCCAAGAAAGAGCACGAAUACUCCAGGAAGGCUUGCCUGUCGGCUGCGCUCAAGUUGCUCGAGUACCAGAGCACAAUGUACGAGGCUUGCAAACCCGGGGCGAUGCUCAGUCAAAAUGGUUGGUUCAUCUCGUCACUUGCCAUUAAUGAUUUCUUGAUGGCGGACAUGGUCGUUGCUCUUAUAAUUCAGAGCAGCCAAUACUCAGAGGUUGGUGGUAAUUACGACUGGAUUACCCAGGGAACGCCGACUCCGACGAAGGAUGAGCUCUUGCAGAUCCUGAGAAGGUCUCUUUUCGUCUGGCAACAAAUGGCGACCAGGGUGCCUGAUUGCAGAAAGGCAUUCGAGCUCGUGGAAACUGUUGUUAGGAAGAUCGAGGCGCAAAUGGGCAUAACACCAGUACCCAUCCCGAGCGACGAGGGAACGAAAUCAGCCAACGACGAGGCGACCUCGAUGCAAGGACUGACCAUGGCUACAAAUGCCAACAGCAACGGCGAAGCCCCGGCGGGUAUGGAUGAGAGUGCCUCGUUCGAUUUCGGAGAACCCUCAUUCUUCAAUAACCCAAGUUCGAAUACAGUGAAUAACGUGCGAGCCCCAGACGCUUCUUUGCUGAACAUGCCGAGUGAUUACGACUGGAACCAGUUUGACAACUUCACGCGUGGUGGGCCCGACCGGUCGUUCCAGGUGCCGGAUUCGUGGCUUGAUAGAAAUCCGCUGGAUGACUUGGACUUCAUCACCUCCACAUCCUGGGAUCCGACAGCACGAACGGGGUGA